GCAAUUCCCACUUCAUCCUCUCCUUUGCAGGAGAAACUACUGAACUUUGAAGGCAGGCUCCACGUUUCCACAGUCAUGGCACUCUUUUCUUCCCUAACCCCAGUCUUUAUAGCCAUUAUAUGUGUUUUAAUUGGAGUAAUACUGAAGAAGACUAAUGGAGGAAAGGAAAAACGUGAGACUAGAAGCAAGCCUCUAUCUCGCCCAUGGGUGGAUGAAGAUUUAAAAGAUGGCACUGACCACCACUUAGAGGAAGAAGAUGCUGAUGAAGAGUGGCAAGGACUUGACGAAAAUGUUGCCCAUGUCCCCUUCUUUGCGGAGCGCUACUCUGAGGCAGAAAUGAUUAAAAGGUCACAGAUGUUUUACGAGCUUCUUAAUAAGAGGCGAUCUGUCAGGUUUCUCAGUGAUGAGCCAGUGCCCAGGGAGGUUAUCGAUAAUGUCAUCAGAACAGCAGGCACUUCACCCAGUGGAGCGCACACUGAGCCCUGGACCUUUGUGGUAGUUCAAGAUCCAUAUUUAAAACAUAAGAUUCGUGAGAUCGUAGAAGAAGAAGAAGAAAUCAACUACAAAAAAAGAAUGGGAGACAGAUGGGUUAAUGACCUGAAAAGACUGAGAACAAACUGGAUCAAAGAGUACUUGGACACUGCUCCCUAUCUGAUCCUCAUUUUCAAGCAGGUAUACGGGCAGCUUCCAAAUGGCAAAAAGAAGACCCACUACUACAACGAAAUCAGUGUUUCUAUUGCCUGUGGUAUCCUGCUUGCUGCACUGCAGAACGCGGGCUUGUACACCGUGACCUCCACACCCCUCAACUGUGGUCCCCAACUCCGGGUGCUGCUCCAGCGCCCAGCAAAUGAGAAGCUACUCUUGCUGCUCCCUGUUGGCUAUCCCAAGAAAGAUGCUACCGUGCCUGCGCUGACCCGAAAGCCGCUGAAAGACAUCAUGGUGCUCAUGUGAGGCCAGCGCCACGAGGAAGGAGCACACCCCUGCUGCCAGCUAGUAAGCAGCAGCCCACUGAAGUUGUCACUGCUGUUUCUGUGUGUAUUCCUCCUACGUCACUGCUGCUCUGGCUGUUUACACCUGUAUUUCUUUUAGUGCUAGUAAUCAUGGUGGCUGCUUCUACUACUAGCAGUGAGCAGUGGGGCACUGUGCGUUUGACAGGUGCUAUUACCGAUGGGCCCAGGCAGGUGUUCCAGGGGACAUGUACAACGGCAUUUAAAUGACCUUCAUCACUCGAUUUUUCUUGUGCAUUGUAGGGACAAAUCUUUCCUUGAAUUGGAAUGUAUAUUCUCCUUAUACUUUCGUGAUUACCGUUACACAGUUAUUUUCACUUUAGAAUUUUAAUGGAGGUUGUAUUAAAAGAUAUAAAGAGGUCAAACUCAGCUGUCUUAUCUUGAUCAGUGUGUGCUAUUUAAAUGCCCUUACCCCCUCACUGUGUUCAGUUCUGCGUAGGAGGAAGCUGUUUUUCUCACAUACAGCAGCAUUUUUCCUACUCGAUUGAUCUCAAUACCCAGCUUUCUUAAGCUAUUGCUGGUACAAGUAUCUUCAGCUGGAGGAGAUCUAGUAGGAACAAGGUGUCCAAGUAAUUUCCUUGUUGCCAUUAAUUUAUACAUGUUCCAGGCACAGGUAGAUCAUAUGGCAGCUAUCAGUCGUGCCCCCUAUUUGCUCCUUCCACUGGAUGCAGCCCUCGGGGAACUACUAUUCUGGUUAUCCUGUUUCUACCUACAACUAUACCAGUUUAACACCCUGGCAUUUAAACUGCUUUAGAGACCCUGAUACACGAAAGGUGCUUUCACGUCACACCAAAUCAGGCAUAUUUAGGUUUAUUUUAAGGCCGCGUCCCACAAAAGCAAUGCUUCCUGCUAAAAGUCUUGACUACAGGCAAGAUGUGAACGGGCACCACUGGAAGGGUCGAUGCUACCGAUAGCUGCGCUGGCAGAGCCCCCUCGUGGGAUUGCGGUUCCUGCCGCCUUUGCGAGCAGCACAAGACGACAACACUGAAACAGAGACGUCCUUCCCUAAAGCUGUCUUUAUUCUGUGAAAUACUUUCACACCCUGGUCUCUGCUGCAUGUAACUUCAAGCAAAUUCAGCCGAACUGGCUUCAGCCUUCCUUGGGGGUUGCUCAAGCUAACUUGCUGCACCUUGUCUAAACUCAGUCCUAUUUAGUGUGACCUGUUGUCAGCUGAGCAAGUGGAGGGGAUAAUAUUUUGCAGAGGUAUGGCUUUUUGCGGUGUCAAUGCCUCUGUCACCCAAUGAGAAAAACUAUUUUCCCCUUUGGCUGACCAUUUUGCUGGUAUUUAGCAGGCAUGUCUAUGUGUUCACCUGUUUUACUAGCCCUGUUUCACAUCCUCAGUGGUACAGCAAUGGCAGGAAGAGUUUCUCAUGCAGACCUAGUCUGAAAUGAGCUUUAAUAACUACAGUAAAAUAAAAAAAGAAGUCCUGUGUCUACAUGCUUGCGAUGUCUAAAAGCUAGUCAGGGAGAGAGGGAUGAGCUGAACCAAGCCAAGGCUGAUUGGCCGUUGGUCCCCAGUUAUCAGGAAUACAUAUUAAAGUCGCUGUAGCAAGUUUUCCUUCUGUGCAGAUGCUGCUCUGCCAUAUCAGGCCCCUUCAUAAAGCAGUUCAUACCUGCUGUAAAUGUAUAAAAGCCCUAGUAUGUUUAUUUUAAUUCAGAGUUCACAUCAAUAGAGGACUGAACCUCCAUCGCUUUGCCAUCUUUCCUAUAGCUACAGAUAUCAACUACUUUUUUCCCUGGCCUCAGUCUGCAAAAUAGAGGGCAUACCUAUUCUAUGACAGCACUCAGAGAAGCUUUACCAAAUGAAUUUAAACAGCAGGAGCAUGCAUAUAUAAGGCUAUUUCUACUAUGAUUUCAUAAAAAAGAAAGAACUAAACCAAUUUAAAAAUAUAUACAAAAUUGUCACAAUAGCAAAUAUUGGUUUAUACCAAUAUACCUCUUUAUACCAAAGAAGAUUAAUGGUGGGGGUUUUUUUCCCACAUGUGUUGAUUCUGGAAACUAAUAUACACAUAGUAGCUGAAAAAAAAACCAAAAAACCAAGCCCUCACACCUACCAGAUGGGAAAGAUGCUAUCCAGGAAAGCACUUCUGGAAUCACAAAAUAUAAGUAAAAGAAGAAGUAUUUUCUUUUCUCCCAUACGAAUGCUUAUUCAAAUGCAAAUACUCCAGUAGUAUUACAACUACUGAUGAUACUGCAGAGUCUUGUAUAAAUCAUGUUAGUGCUCCUGUUGCGACAAGCCUACUUGGAAUUACCACCGUUCUCUAAUAAGUAUGCUGUCUUUACUUAAAACACAAAUUAAGUAAGAAUAAAUUUUGCCUUUCCAUGUAGAAAAUUAUUAAAUAAACUUCAGGUUAACAUUUACAUUGUUUUACACUUAACUAGGGAUUUUUCCUGCGGAUGAACAAAGAAUUUUUUCA